ACUCUCUUCUGUCCUGUUGUUGUGAUCUACAUUGCUAGACGUGAUAUUUCCACAAACUACAAGUUGAAGAGAAGGGUGUGGCGAAGUAUCUGUAUUGAGGUUUCACUUCUGUCACAAGUGAGGCGAGAACAACGGGAAUCGUAAAGAACGCGAGAUAGAGAUAGUUUACCUGCUUUUAUUUCAUAACUUCAACAUCAGAGAAAUUCGUAGAACACAGAGGGGACUCAGGGAAGUCGUAGGUCCAACCCGAUCCGACUAACAUCGUCGUCGUCUGCUUUUAUUUAAUGUUCUUGAUCGACAUGCAUCUGUAGGUAUGAUAUUUUCCUUCUAACUGUCAGUCUUACUCUUGUGCUCUAAACCUUGCUAUCUGAGAUAGGGUCCCGCUUGCAGUAAAGGAAGUGACAGUGCAUCGUUGUACAUGCGCAACUGGUGACGGAACACCCUACCUCCAACGCAACCCAUUUUUCCCCAUUGCUAGUUGUACAUACAACUUCUAGGUGACUUAUAUACUUAUUUUGAUCUUAGGAUCAAGAAUAUGAGUAUGACAAGUAUUAUCGGACUUCAUCGAGAAUAUCUAGGUAUUUAAGUCUUGCAUCUCCUCUGACGGAUCAGUUUUGUCUUCACUCGACUCUUUGCGUACGAGGUUGUGACAUCUUCCACGAAUCUUCUGUGAUGUUUCCACAAACAGCUUCUCUGUGUUGACUUCGAACUAGGGUAGAAGUAAGAGUCGAAACCACGUUUAGUAGACCUGCUUUCUUCGACUUUUCGUUGUCUUGGUAAGAUCAGCAAGAUGACAACCCGCUCUUGGCAGUUUCUGUGCGUCCUUUGCGCGUGCACAAGCGCGCUUGACCAAGGACAGCGCAAGAAACGAGUUGCCGCGUCAGAGGUGUCUGAUAAGGAAUUCGUGGGACAGUUGGAGCAGGAGCGCAAGAAGAAGAUCGAUGAGCAAGAAGGAAAGGACCAGGCGGCGAUGGCCAAUGAUAGCCUUUUCAAAGCGCACGACGACAAGUGCGCAGAUCUACAAACAGAGGCAGCUGAACCUGAAGGGGGGAGUCGUGCUGCGGCUGCGAAGCAGAUCGUUGAUGGUCUCGUGGAUCGCUUUUACGGCAAGGAGAAACCGGCCGCAAAGCAGGCUAUGAAAGCCCUUGGAGGCGCAGGAGAUGCAGCUCCGACGCAAGCAUUGGCAGUCGGUUUGUGCAAGGCGCGCCGCGAGAUGAACACGGCAUGUACUCAAGAGGACAAGAAUGGUGCUGCCCAAGAGAAGUUGCGAGAUGAAAAAAUGUCCCAAAUCUACGAGGGCGUCAGUAGGGUACUAAUACAUGCAUAAUUAAAUAAAAGGUUCUCUUCUUGUUUAACCUUCAAUUUGGGUACUACCUUGUUUUCUCUGAAUGUGAUUCUUUCAAUCAAGGAAGGAAAGUACAUCAUGGUUUCUCAAUUAUAGCAACAACUGUGAAGAGAUCUUGGAUACUUACCUCAACUCCAAAACCAGGCUGGACCCGUUGCCGGCUGGUUGUGGGUCAUGGCAAUGUCGGCGGACUAUUACUGGGGUGGAUAUUGGCUCGGUCAACGAAACGACCUUCGUGCGGCACUUUACAGCCCGUGUGGAACUGAUGCGGCUGCUGGCGUGGGCGCAUUUCCCAGCCGGAUUCAAAGUGAGAUGAACAAUUUUGCGGAUGAUGAUUCAGCGGCAGCGCUGGUGCCGAAUUUCAUCGUCUUUAGCGAUCAUGAUGAUACGCUGGAGUCCAGUGACCCCAAGAACGGAGGCAUUUCCGGGAUCGACAGGAGCCUUAAGAACCCGCACACUGUCUACCCGAAUGCCGUUCUCGCGCAUAAGCUGCUCAUGACGGAGAGCGGUUUGGAGGGCAACAAUUUGAUCAAGGGCACGACCUUGCAAGCAGCCGCCGGGAAGGAGCUGCCGUCGACGUGGUUCCUGUCGCUUUUGACGGCACGCGCCCCUGAAUUGGUGUCACGCAAUGGCAGUCCUGUCAACGAGUUGCACGGUCUAGCAGAAUCUCGAAAACCCACAAAAGAGUCUCCGACACCCACACCGGUGGCUGUGCUUCCUGGCGCUCCGCUGCAGGGAGAGGGUACGACCAAUCUGCUGUUGGGUCUUUUGGCCGCAGGAAAACGUACGACACCGGGAUCGGAGGCUACGCUCGACGUGGCCAAGGAAGCCCUUGAUGCCGUACAGGCGCGCAAAGUUGAGGUUCUCCAGCAGUUCAACAUGUUCUUGCCUUCGAACUCGAAGCGCAUCUUCAUAGGUGAUGAUGGUCAGGCCGAUGCGAAGGCAGCUGCGGAGAUGCUGAAGAAAGGCAUGAUUUCAUACGCAGCCAUCAAGCGCGUGUGGUUUGGUGGGAACUUUAUUCAGCAGGACCCGUUUGUAUGGCUGCAGGCCAGUAUUGCUGAAGGCAAGCUGCCCAACUUCUUCUACUUCGAUCACUACGCUCCGGUGUAUCAGGGAUCGGCGGAUUGGGGUUUGUUUAAUUCGGAGUUUGCGAAAACAGUAGUGGAGGACCAGUUUGGCACGGGCAAGACCUCGAAGACCGAAGCACGAUGGUGGAGCCAAGAAGAUAAGGGUCGUGAAGUGAUCGCUUUCUACGAGCGCAUUUGUACGGCGAAGACGGGUGUCCGCUACCUGUGCAGCUACAAGAACAAUUCGUGUGAUCGAAAUGAAGGUCUCGUCGUCGAUACGAAAAAUCUCCCGACUUUGGUUGGGCAUCUGCUCGCUGCCGACGUUUUGCCGGAAGAGGCGAAGUCGACUAAUGAACCUGUCCAGCUGACAAAUGAUCUGUGCGAAACCGAUAGGGAUAGGCAGUCUGUCUCCACGUGGACGCUUGGCAAGGGAAAGACGAAGCUGGAUUACUCUGCUGUCACUGUUUUUUCGAACUCCGACGCGGAUGUCAAGGCGACAGAUGCGAGCGGCACCGAGGAGAUCUCCAUCAAGAAAAUUACGGUCGUCCGUAUCCCGACAGAUGCGAAGCCCGCAGCAGCAGAUGCGUCACCAGUGGCGUAGUGUUUUAAAGAGGUAGAUUGAAUCUUUAUGGAGUAGAAGAGAAAACUCACACGUCAACGGGAGGAGUACGUAAGUGAGUCGAGUGUUUAAGGUUGUCACGUUCAUGUUCAUCUAUGUCAUUUCGAUCACAACAGAUUUAGAUCUUCCAAUUCCAAAUUGAAUAAUUUUCCAGUAAGCUGCUAGUCAAAAAGAGUAGAAGUAAUAUUGCUAUGCUGUCUCAUAAAUCAAUUCGCAUUAUCAACACAUUCAUUUAUUAUCAAUCGUAUUUCAACAAUAUGUCAUUUCUUCUCCGUUGCAGCCUAUCAUCUACGUACAAAUUAUCAAAGUGUCUAUGUCAUCACUAUUCCACAUCGAACACUUGAAGAACUGACUAAGAAUAUUGACUCAACAUCGUAGCUUGAAUAUCCAUGCAAAUGCAGAACAAUAAAUGUUACGUCUAUCAUCUAUUCACAAUUCCAAGAACGACCUUUCACUGCACUACAUCAGCAACACAACUUGAAUGUCGCAAUAUAUAUCAUUAACUUCAACCUCCGUCAUCUAGCACCCUUUCAUUCAACAACACAGCACACAUGCCACAUGAUCUUGAGCAAACGUAGGGCACUGCAAGAAGUACAGAGCUAACGUAAAUCACUACAAGAAGUUUUCAGGAUACUCGAGAACACUACAAAUGUAUUAAGGUACAAAAAUGCACCGACGCUUAUCAUGAAUUUUUCUGGGAAGUAUUAUGAUGUUUUUCCAGACAAGCAAAUAACUAGGGGAAAUAUGUAUCGUAGACCAAUGAUAAUAAAACUUAAAAUCGCAAGAAUUUAUUUGUACAACAACUGCAACAACAGUAUGAAUUCGAAAAAUAAUUUUAGGUUAUCCCUUCUUGCAAUAUAAAUUCGAAAAUCAAUUCAUUCACAAGACUGCAGAAGAUUGAUAGUGGGAUAUUAUUUCUGACUAAU